CAUAUAACUAAUACACGUUCGCGUUAAACUAAUACGGAGAUGAUAGGAGACAGAAAGUAUAACCCUUUAUUGACUUCCCAUUUCCAUGUAGAAAUUCUUCGAUACACCAACAAAAUGAUCAUGAACGACCACGUGGUGAAUAUGCUUCACGUGUUGUAAUUUACACAAGCAACAAACGUGUCCAAAUCAAACAUAUAUAUAUAUAUGGAACUGAAGCUCGAAGAUUCCCAGAAACAGAGGAAGAGAAGGAAAAAAAAGGAUCAGAUGGAUGGUCAUCACUUGUUCUCGCCAGAUCUCGUGUUCCCAGAAGAAGACACGUUCUGGUACGAGGUUGUCGGAGAAGAGACCAAUGCCUCUGUCGCGAAACAGAGCGCUUUCAGGCCAUACACGAGGAACCCAGAAAGGGGUUCGCCGGAUAAACCAGCCGGCGGCGGUGGAGGAACAACGGCGGAGGCGGAGAAGAACCUGAAGAAGAGGAUGGUGGAUUUGAUGAGAAGUAACUGGGAGGAGAAGAGGAAAGCGGCGGCUCCGGCGAGAGAGAGAUGCCGGCGACAUAUGAUGAACGAGAGAGUGAGAAGAGAGAAACAGAGACAGAGUUACUUCGCUCUGCAUUCUCUUUUACCCGCAGGAACCAAGGUAAAACUAACCAUUUGGCAUCAAAAUGCAUUCAUCUUCCAAGUUAUGGGUUCGAAAAUGUUUUUCUUUUUUGGGUUUCAGAAGGACAAGAACUCGAUAGUCCAGAGCGCGUUGAACAGGAUCGAGGAGUUGCAGAGAGAGAAGAAAGAGUUAGAGAGGAGAAUCCAAAUGAUGGAGAAUGGGAAGGGGAAGAAGGUAGAGUUAAAAGUGGAAGAUCCAGUUUCAGGGGCAGAUUCCAUGUUGGAAACCCUCACGUGCCUAAAAGCUUUGGGGGCAAAACCCAUAACUAUUCAAGCUGAGUUCUCGCCACAAGAAUUCUCCACGGUCAUGAGCGUCGAAACUCAGAUAGCAGGAGACGAGGUUGAAAAGACAGUGGAAAAAACCCUCCAAGAAGCUGAAUGGAAACUUCUCUUUCUCCCCCAACCUCCCUUCUCCAAAUACUGAAGGUUAUGGUUUUCAUUUCAUCACCCACCACCAUCACAUUUUUGCUGACUUUUACUAUCAUUAUUGUUAUUAUUAUUUUCAUUUA